AUGCGUGUGAUAUUUUGGAAUAUCAAUGGCGUGGCUAAGUUAGAAGCUGGUAUAAAAUUACGUGAGUUGGUUAGGGAAUAUGAUCCACAAAUUUUGUGUAUUGAUAAACCUAAAAUUCCGUAUGCUGAUAUUGUUAUUGAAAGGCUUAAUUUGCUUGGUUUUAAGAAGAUGUCUGUACAUAAUUAUACUCUUACUAGUAUGGGUAAUCUGUGGAUUCUCUGGUCAGAAGAUGUGGAUGAUCCUUUGGUGGUGAAUACUAGUAGGCAGGCUAUUACGGUUUCUUUGAAUGGUGUGUUUAUUUCCUUUGUUCAUGCGAGUUAUAUUCAAGUGAAUAGAAGGAGACUUUGGAAUCAGCUGAAUGUUAAUGAUCACUCUGUACCAUGGUUGGUUAUAUGGGAUUUUAACUGUGUUUUAAGAACUGAUGAGAAGAAGGGUGGUAGGGAACCAAGAACUUCUUGUAUUAAUAAAUUUUCUGAUUGGAUGGACGAUAAUGAGCUCUUUGAAGAUGAUGCUUUGGGUGCUACUUUCAUUUGGGCUAAUGGUCAAUCAGGAGUCCGUCGUAUCAUAAGUAAAUUGGACCGUGCUAUUAUUAAUGAGGCCUGGUUGAAUAAAUUUUCGAAUUGGCGGUAUUUUAUGAAACUUGUUCAUGAUAGUUGGAAUGCUCCAUUCCAUGGCACUCCCGCUUUUAUUUUUCCUUACAAGAUGAAGCGACUUAAGGUAGCUAUCAAAUUAUGGAACCAGCAGAUUUUUGGCAAUGUGAAUGUUCGUUUGAAGCAGGCACAGUUACUCCUUGAAAAUGCUCUCAGAAUUUCGGAUGAAGAUCAUUCUGAUGAGUCCAAAUUUAAUACUGCCAGGGAUGCUCUUGCUGAGGUCCAAGUUAUUCGUAACCAACAAAAAAUUAUGCUAAAGCAGAAGUCUAGAAAUAAAUGGUUGUUGGAGGGGUCGAGUAAUACUUCUUAUUUUCAUAACAACAUAAAUAUUCGGAGGGGAAGAAACACAAUUUCAGAACUUGUUUCUGAUGAUGGUAGUGUUAUUUCUGAUAGUGCUUUGCUCUGUGACCAUAUUGUGAACUAUUAUGAGGCUAAAUUCAAUGGAGAUGACACAAUAAUUGAUGAUCUUUUAUUUGAUUAUGAGAGACCUUCAAUUACGGCUGAACAAAGUGGUAUUAUGGAUGCUAUUCAUACCCUUGAUGAAAUCAAGGAGGCGGUUUUUGGUUUGGAUGCUGAUAGUGCUCGGGGUCCAGAUGGGUUUUCAGGUUGUUUUUAUCGGCAUUGUUGGGAUAUUAUUCAACUUGAUUUGACUAAUGCUAUUAUUUUUUGUUGGCAGUCUAAAACAAUUCUAAGUGGAGUUAAUUCUAGCUUGAUUGUUCUUCUUGCUAAGGUGCGUGGUGCUAAUACUCUAUGGAAUUUUAGACCGAUUGGGCUCAGUAAUUUUCUCUUCAAAAUAUUUACUAAGAUUUUAACUACUAGGAUGGAUAGUGUUCUUGGUAAUUUGGUUUUGGAGGAGCAAGUGGCUUUUAUGAAGGGGAGAAAUAUCCAUGAGAAUAUUAGUUUCGCUUCGGAAAUGGUUAAUGAACUCAAAAUUAGGCGUAAGGAUGGUAAUUUGGGUUUGAAGCUAGAUAUUUCACAAGCUUUUGACACAGUGAGCUGGUCUUUUGUUUUGGAGGUUUUUCGAAGAUAUGGUUUUUCUGAAAAUUGGUGCACUUGGAUUCAUCAUAUUCUUCAAUCGGCUCGUAUCUCUAUUCUCAUGAAUGGCAGUCCUGAAGGUUUUUUCAAAAUCAAUAGGGGCUUGCGCCAGGGUGAUCCUCUUUCUCUUAUUUUUAUGUUAAUUGAGGAUGUUUUGAGUAGAAAUAUUUCAAAACUUUUUCAAAAUAGAGAGAUGACGUAUAUGGUUACUCGUAAUGGUAUUUCGCCUACUCACCUUUUCUUUGUAGAUGAUAUCAUGAUUUUCUGCAAAGGAAACAUGCAUAGUGUUACAAAUCUGGUGAACCUUUUGGAGCGGUAUAGACAGGCCUCAGGGCAAACUGUGUGUCGUCAGAAAAGCAAAAUUUACUAUGGGGGUGGGUCCUUGAAUCGUCGUCAAAGUAUUGCUGAUUUUUUUGGUAUGGCUAUAACUACUUUCCCUGAUCGCUAUUUGGGAGUAAAGAUCAUGCCUGGAGCGGUGAAGUAUUCUCACAUUAGUAAUGUGGUGGAUAAACUUAAGGAUCAGCUCACGAUUUGGAAUGUUCUUUCUAGCUAUUCAAUUCAUAAUAUGGCAAUUUAUAAAUGGCCAAAGAAGUUUAUUCAGCAGUGUGAGAGGGUGAUAAGGAAUUUUCUUUGGUCGGGUGACUCGAAUUUAUCUCGUUCUUUUGUGGUUGGUUAUGAUAAAAUUUGCCGUCCUUACAAAGAAGGUGGUUUGGGGAUUCCUACUUUGGAAGUUCUAAAAAAGGCUUUGCUUAUGAAACUUUGGUGGAAUAUCAAAUACUCUUCUAAAGCCUGGUCUCGUUUUUUGGAAACAAAAUUGACGUAUAGAAAUGGCAAGUUUAAAGAGUAUGGUGUAAAAUCAACCAUUCAUGUUGGUAUGCGUUGGGUUUACAAAGUGGUGGAUCAGAAUACUAAAUUUCUUAUAGGAGAUGGCAGAAUGACUUCACUUUAUUAUGAUAUAUGGUAUGGUGAAAAGAGUAUUUCUGAUGUUUUAAAUCGCACGGACUUAGACAGGCAGGCUCGUGUGGGUGAUUUGAUUCAACAAGGCUCUUGGGUGAUCCCGGAGGAGCACAUGGAGCAUUUUCCUUUUGCAGGUGUUGACGUGAACAAUCUACCUAGGCUUCAUAUGGGAAGUGACAGAAAAGUUUGGAUGCCGGACUUCAAAGGUAAAUUUUCUGUUAAAUCUGCUAAGGAAUUGGUGUGUACUAAAUACAUUGCUAUGGAGGGGAUUAGCUUGCUUUGGAAUUCAGCUGUUCAUCCAAAUUUAGCUGCUCAAAAUUGGAAAUUCUUAAGGGGUGCUUGCGCUACUUUAGAUAAAGUUAAAAGCAGGUUCAAACAUUCUUUUCCGAACAAGUGCAUGGUGUGUAAAUGUGAUGAUGAGUCUUUGGAACAUGUUUAUGGUCAUGCAACUUUGUUGUUCAGGCAUGGCUUUGGAUUUCUGCUUAUUCAUGAGUACUCUUACCGGCUGAAGAGUUUCAUGUACAAUUCAGUUGAAGAUGUCCGUAUUUUGAACCUUUUUAGAGUUGCUCAUAGAAAGGUGAAGCAUGUGGAACCCAUUACUUGUUAUUGGAAGCCUCCGGAGAGCAAUGAAUUACUUCUUUGUUGUGAUGGUGCGGCUUGUGGUAACCCGGGUGUAGCGGGUGCUGGAGUUGUAGAGAAAGAUGCUGAUUGCAAUAUGCUUGGAGCGAUGAGCAUUGGACUUGGUAUUACAACCAAUUAUUUGGAAGAGAUGUAUGGCAUAAUUGUUGGCUUGGAAUGGGCGAGACAGUGGGGUUUUCAGCGAAUUCUUAUUCGUUCAGACUCUACCAGUGUGAUUAAGGCUUUUGAAGAGAAUUCUAUUCCCUGGUUUGCGCAACAGAGAUGGUUGGAUGUGCGUCACUCUUAUGUUUCAGUCCGCUUUACUCAUACUUUUUGUGAAGCUAAUUUUUCAGCGGAUCAAAUGGCUAAAAAGGGGUGUUCUUUUGAUAAUGAAGUGGGAAUGCACUAUGUUGGGCGUCCAAAUUUUUUGAGUUCAAUAGAAUAUCCAAAUGUGGAGUAUUUCAUAUUUAAAUAG